AUGGUGGGGGGAGGUUGCCUGACCGCAAGGGAAGUGGCGUCAUCACUCACAGGUGCCCCAAGCCUGGCUUCUCCUAAGGCGUCACCAGGAUUCUGGGGAAGGUGGUACAGAAAUAAGGAGAAGAGGCUCUGGGAUGCUGGGCUAGGCUCUCGGGGUUCCCCCAGUGUUGGCCCUGGGGAUGCUUCCAAGCAGAAAAGCGCUGGAAGAUGCCCCCUGCAUGCGCCCCGGAGCAGGGCUAAGCUGCAGACCCGUGGGGUGUCUGUCCCACUGGAGGGGACCCCGGCUUGCAGGAGCUGCCAGCCCCCGCCACGCUGGAACGCAGCGCCUUGGCAUUUUCAGCCUUGGCUUCCUGUCACCCCUGAGUUUCUUCAGGAAAGCAGGAGGCCAGGGAAGGAAGACGUGAGACCACAGCGGGUGCUGCCGGUCCCCACAGUUCAGCUGGAAGGGCCACAUGAGCUUGAGACGAUGCAACGUCUCCCUGUCAACACAGCUGAGCAUGUGCCCGUCCGGCUACGCGGGAAGCACUCCGCUGGUCCACGGGCCCUGGCCCAGGCUUGGCGUGUCUCGUGUCAACCAGCCCUGAGGCAGCAAGACAACCGAGUGAUUCUGCUUAGAGCUGAGACAGGACAGGUGGGCCUCUGCGCCCCCAAAGCCCAGGAGGUAAAAAGGACAUGCCUCUGGAAGAGCAUCAGUCCCGGAGCCAGUCAGAAGCCCCCGCAGUGGGAGGCGGUCCAGCUCAGAGUUGAGAGGGGGAGCAAGAAGACUGCCUUCUAG